AUGAGUUUUAUUAGAAAUGUUGUGAUAAAGUGGAAAAGAAUUAGCGAAUCAAAAUCAACGGUUUCGUUCGUUCUUGUCUCCAUAAUUCAAGCUCUAAUUUUAAUUUACCUUCAAUUUCGUAUAAUGGAACGCAAUCAAGAAAGUGUUGAUAUCAUAAUGGAACUAAAUGAAACUAACCAAUUAACUGAAUAUUGUUAUAACGACAAUGCUAUUGAAGUUAAAACUUUAGAUAGCAAACUUGAAAAAGACUGUCCCGAACUUCAAUUUGUUCCAGAAAUUAUGAAAUAUGAAUUACCAUUCAUUUUAGCCGAGUUAAUAUUAGGAAUUCUCAUGGGAUAUUUAUCAUUAAAUUUAUAUCGUGAAUUCGGUUGGAAUAUUUAUAAAAAGGUUGGAAGUGACAUCUCAAUGCAAAAAAUAUAUAGAACUCGACUUAUAUUUGCAAUGCUUUUAAAAUUGGAUUUGUUUAUCAUGAUAUUAUUUUCGGGAUUAGUUGCACCGUCGUUUUAUAUAACGUAUAAAUCUAAAAGUAUAUUUCAAAGGUUUCUAACAUUAGUUAGUUCUGUUAUUUUGAUCUUGGUAUUUUUCUUUGAAGUAAUAGCAUAUAGAUCGAUCGAAACGGAAUGGAAAACCGGAAUUAAUUUGUUUAUAAUUUUUUGGAUAUUUGCCUUGUCAAAUUUCGCUGCCUUAAGUUAUGAGGUAAUAAGCGUGUCAGUGAUGACUAAUUGGUAUAUCGGAUUCAUUGUUGGAAUUAUUUGUUCGUCGUUUGCAUUGGGAACAUUUAUAAUUUCUAUAUAUGUUCGCAGAGGUUUUGGACGUGGGUUAAAAGGAUAUCUUGAUAAAGAAAGGAAUGAGAGAAAACGAAAGGUUUCUGGUUCAAAAUAUCAUGCGAAAACAUUUGACGAUAUUGAAAAUUAA